AUGUCAUUCUUACAAACUAAUGUCGACCCUAUGAAAAAGAGUACUUCCAUUUUCACGUUCCCCUCCGUGUAUCAUGGCAUGCCAUUGCUGGCCCAUUCGAUUAGACAAACCACAUCGCCUUCAGAGAUGCAGUGCCGUAGCCACAAUAACAUGGAUUCCCUUCAGUCAAGAAAUAGCUCGAGAGUUGCCGUUCACGACUACGCAGUCAUUCCGGACUUGUGCGGUACAAAUCUUCUUGGUCUUACCGUCACACACGUUAGUCCUUGUUAUGUUCACGUUGAGAUUCAUAGCGAUAGCACCUGGUUCCACACGGGAACGUGCUCAUCUUCCGAUUCUUCCCCAUCAGUGCUUCAACAUUUGAUUACGUGCUGCGCCACAGUUGUUAAUGUCUUAUUUUUAUCCCUUAGCUACCGACUACCAUACGAUAAACACGACACCGGGGAUCCUUAA